AUGGCCGUUCCGCGAUCGAAUGGCUCAGCGCCGCCGGAGCCCAUCAAGUACGCCUACAUGUUCGAGACAGACAAGAGUCCGACAAUGCAGUUUGAUGCUCUGCUGAGAUCAAUCGCGCGCUUUAUCGUUGUUGAGCUUGGCGACAAGAAUGAUUCUCAUCUUACUCCCAAGAAGCUCGCCGCGUUUUACAAAGCCGUGGGUGGUGAUUAUGACUCCUUAUUCAUGGAGACUCCUCACUCAACCAUUUCCUACAUGUGGUCAGUGACGGGUUGCCAGCACAGUCUGCAACCUACUGAGAACGACUUUGCGCCCCCUUCCAUCCCUGCCUUAACGCCCCGGGGCUUCUCGCGCUGGGAGUCGGUAGAGAUCCUUCUCGGGCCCGAAGAGCAUGUGCCCUUCAUCCAGUAUGCUGUCAAGCAUUGGGCCCUGAGGCAUCCCGAGACAGGCCAAGCCUUCCCUCCCGACCUUCCCGCCAGCGUCUUUCCCGCACAAUCGGAUCAGGCAGUCGACCGCUGGCACAAGCAAUGCGCCGAUACUUUGCGCGACGAAGCGUUCAAGGAGGGAGAGGAAGCAAGCAUGCCCAGCUCCAGCUCUGCGUCACGACCCGGGCCCUCUCCAGAACCUGCCGCCCCCAGGUUUGCCUACGUUCAUACCGCACAUCCCUUCCGUCCGGUCUCCCCUCGAUCGAGGGCUGCUGAUCCGAAUCAGUCCGAAAGGUUUACUUAUGUCCGUCCAGGCGAAAGACAUGGGGCUAAUUUCGGCCAAAGGCCUCCUAUGCGUUCUCCCGAACGACCUCGCCGCCAGAGACCCGGCGAUGACGCCUCCAGACGUCGAAGCUUUUCCGACUAUGCUUCCACGCGCCAACCGCACGCAGACGGAAUCCGCCAUAGCUACUCCGGGACCUAUCUCAACCCAGAUCCCAGCCGAACAACGCCCAGCCGACCCGGCCAAGGCCGUCGGCACAGCCACGUCCAGCAUCACUCGUCUGAUGAGUCGUCAGGCGAUGAAUCUGUGGAUGAGCCCGUACAUGUGAGAGCCAGGCAGCGACAACGUGCCGGCUCACCCCAAACUCCCGGCGUUCGCCGAGUUGUCCCGCCAUCAUCAGGGCCUCCACCGUCGGCGGGCUCCAGCGUUCCUUCUUUCCGGACCCAUCGCAGCGAUAGUCGGGCUGAAGAUGCAAGGAGAAGGGCUAGCCCGUUUGGCAACAUUAGGGACAAAGUCUCGGAGACGGUUUCCAACAUACUCCCAGGCAGUCAUAGCCGCAACAGCUCAAGACACAGCUCCGUCAACGACCCUAUCCGCGUGCGGAGAAGUCGCGAGCACAUCCCCCCAUCCCGAUUGAAUCAGAACCACUCAGAUCUUGCCUCGGACGGCAUAUCAGAAGAAGACUCUAGCGAGGAGGAGCGCCUCCAUCGCGAACGAUUGGAGCGAGAACGCUACCGUCCUGACGACCAAGACUCUGGCGGGCACAGGGACCGGCAGCAGCGGCACCCACGGGCUCGUCCGGAUCCAGGACGGCGCACCAGCAGCCAUGCCGAUGCCGACAGGCGGCGAGACCCGGGAUGGGAUAUGCGAGACAGAGAUCGCAUGAGGGAAAGGAAGUGGGAUAGACGAUCCAUGGAAGAGGGUUUGUCAAACGGAGGAAUGCCUAGCCGGCGAUACCAGGAAUCGGCUUACACCUGA